AUGAACGACUUACUCUCCGUCCAAAACGACAACAGCCACCACCACCACCACCACGUCAUCCAUAUGACGGAAAGCACCACCACCACGGUGACCACACUCAACAAAUUCUUUGAAGAAGUCGAGUCGGUGAAGGAAGAGUUGAAAGAGUUGGAGAAACUCCGCAUAAGUCUGAGAGCCUCGCAUGGGAAGAGCAAAAGCCUUCACACCGCCACCGCGGUGAAGGAGCUUCGUUCUCGAAUGGACUCCGACGUUACUCUGUCGCUCAAGAUAGCUAAACUGGUUAAAACUCGGUUGGAGCUGCUUGAUCGGUCGAACGAAGCGAGCCGGUCGUUGGUUGAUUGUGGACCCGGUUCGUCUUCUGAUCGAACGCGGUUGGCGGUGGUUGCUGGUUUGAGGAAGAAUUUGAGAGAUUCGAUGGAGAGUUUUAAUGUACUCAGGGAGAUGAUAUCGUCGGAGUAUAGAGCGACGGUGCAGCGGAGAUACUUUACCGUUACCGGAGAGAAAGCUGAUGAUACAACUCUUGAUCUCCUCAUCUCUACCGCUGAAAGCGAAACAUUUUUACAAAAAGCCAUUAAAGAACAAGGGAGAGCAACAGUGAUGGAGACAAUACAGGAGAUUGAGGAGAGACAUGGUGCUGUGAAAGAGAUAGAGAGAAACCUAAAUGAGCUACAUCAAGUGUUUUUGGACAUGUCUGUAAUGGUGGAAGCCCAAAGUGAUGAAUUGAAUGACAUUGAGAGACAAAUGAUGCGAGCAAAUUCGUACGUUAGGAAAGGUAUCCAACAAAUACAUGUUGCUAGGAAGCAUCAAAAGAAUAGCCGUAAUUGGACAUGUUUUGCCAUUUUAGUCCUUCUCAUUAUCGCUUUGGUUGUAAUUCUUCCUAUUGUUUUGAAAAAUAAUUAG